AUGGCGUCCUUUUUCAAGAAGCACAAACAGUCGGAAAAGAAGGGGAAGGCACCUGAAAACACACCAAUUUCACCGAAUUCCACCGAUACGACGCAACCAGCGAAGACCGCAAACGCGGAUAAUGUGAUUUCUACAUCUCCUUCAACCCCUGGCAAAAGUGAGUCAGUGCCUCUACUUGAUGACGAUGACGAAAAAUUCCUCGAGCGCCUCGUCUCCACCGACGUCGCCGAGGGCGCCGACGACGAAGAUGGCCCUCCUCCACCUCUCCCACCACGUCCCAAGACUCCCGACUUAGUCUGGGAUACCGACAGCGAUUCAGUCCGGCUUCCGAAAGCCGAUGAGGGAGGCAGUACUCCCGCCACUGCCACUGCUCAGAAAAAGGGCAAUCGCUUCUCCCGCCUAUUCCACCGCAAACCAUCUACGUCCAGCACCCUUGCAGUCCCGUCCGCUGCGACGACCGUGAGCCCAGAUGAGGCAGAUCGCGAAUGGGCCGACCUGAACCACAUGCUUUCCCGCCUCGGUCUUGAACCUACCGAGGAAGGUGUAACGCCGGACGGCGAUGCCGCCGCCGCGGAAAUCAAAGAUACCAAGUCGCCCGGCAAAGAGCAAGACAACGGAACCAAAAACCCCAGCAAAGCCAAAACUGCGGCUUUAGCCGCCUCGGCUGAGGUGCAGUCCCUCUUCCGCCAAUUCGUCGUCGUGCUAAAAGACAUUAUGCGCGGAGCUCCCACCGCUGUCGACGACUUGAUCUCGCUCCUAGACGGACGUAACGAUGUUCUCAAUCGCGGGUUCGAAAAGCUGCCGUCCUCGAUGCAGAAGUUGGUGACGCAGCUACCGAAAAAGAUGACUAGCUCCCUGGCACCGGAACUACUGGCGGCUGCUGCGGAAGCGCAAGGCCUGAAGCGCGGGACGGAUGCUGCGGGGCUAGCCAAGUUCUUGGUGCCGAAGAAUCUAGGAGAUUUGGUGCUUACGCCGGCGAUUGUUAAAAGUAUGCUGAAAGCGAUCGUGAAUGCGCUGAAGUUGAGGUGGCCGGCGUUCAUGGGCACCAGCGUACUGUGGAGCACAGCAGUGUUUUUGCUACUGUUUGUGCUGUGGUAUUUCCACAAGCGCGGGAAGGAAGAGCGAGAGAAGAUCGAGAAAGAGGCGGCUGAGGCUUUGGCGGCUGCAGGGGCGAAAUCCCCGGAAAUAGAGCUGGAAGAGGCCGGAGAGGAAACGGAAGAGGUCAAGGGACCCACCAAGUUGAUCGAAGGACCGGAGGAAGCCAAACUGAUUGAGGCUGGGGAUGGGGCCAAACUGGCUGAAACUGAAGGAGGAGCGUCGAGUGCGGUAGUUGUUGUUGAACCGCCGGUCGAGAGCCCGCGGACGUGA